AUGUUAACAGUCCUCUGCGACUGUGAGAGUAUCAUAAAUUCGCGACCGUUGACUUACGUUAGUGAUGACGUUCAAGAUCUUACCCCGAUUACACCUUCUAUGUUUUUGCAAGAGAUUAGAGAAAUCGGUGUUCCAGACUUAGAUGUGCUGGAUCAUCAGAAAUUAAAUAAACGUCACGCGUAUACACAGAAAAUACGAAAAGAUCUCCGUUCGAGAUUUCGAGUGGAAUAUCUCGGACAGUUGCGACAACCUGUGACUAAUAGAAAUAAUUCUCCAGUUCUAAAAGUUGGUGACUUAGUUAUCGUGUGGACAGAUAACUGUAAAAGAAUUGACUGGCCACUCGGAAGAGUUCUAGAAGUGUUCACAAGUAAGGAUGGAUGUGUGCGAGUUGCUAAAGUCAAGACAAAAACGGGUGUCUUCAUUCGUCCUGUUAAAAAGUUGUGUUCUCUGGAGUUGGGAGCGGUGUCAUCUUGUGAGCUUCAAAAGUUAAAACCCCCUCCUGUGACUGUUCUUGAGGAUUUGUGUUGCACCACCACCACCAGUUCAUCACCUAGCCUGACAGCAUUGAAGUUGAGUUCCGGAGUCCCGAGCCCUGAACUCAAGGUGGGGAGCGUGGAAAACGCCCAAGAACUGAACUGA